AUGCCUGGAAAUUGUGUUUAUAAUAUUAAAUGUGGAGACUAUCCCGCCUUCACACCCUCCACUGCUACUUCUGCGGGCCCGGCGAUGCGGCGCGUGCCCCGCGCGGAGGGCGCGUGGGGGGCGCUGUCGGCGCUGGCGCUGCUUGUGCUGGCGAGUCCGGCCGCCGCGCCGCCCCGCCCCUGCCCCCGCAACGCCCUCUGCCACUGCCGCGAAGACCACUUCGCCUGCAACUACGUGCCCUUCCACCGAUUUCCUGAGACAGACGGCGGUGUGUGGCACGUGUCGGUGUCAGAAGCCCGGCUCGGCUCGCUGGGAGAGGCGGCGCUGGACGGUCGACGGCUGCGGACCCUCGUGCUGGUCGCGUCACGCCUGCACCACAUCGAAUCUGGCGCGCUUGCGUCGAUGGUGGCAACGUUGGCGUCUCUUGACCUAGGCUACAACGAGUUCACUGAGGUACCAAUAGAAGCACUUCGGGAACUGAAGGUGCUCAAUUGGCUCAAUCUGCAGAAUAACUAUAUCAGUGACUUGGAGAUGAACAUGGAUUGGGGUUUCCUGGGAGACUCUUUGACCAGUCUCUCUCUUAGCAAUAACCAUCUGUGCGUGUUGAGCGCCGGAGCCCUCUCUUCCUUGCGGCACCUAGUCCAGCUCGAUUUAGACGGGAAUCGCCUUCACAUGAUCGUGGCUGAUGCUUUCCCUGCAUCUCUGGUGUUGCUGCGUGUGUCAGACAACCUUAUGACGCAGCUUCCGUGUCCAGCUUUAUCUCUUCUACCACGACUCAAACAUCUCCAUAUCCGCAAUAAUAUGUUGCGGUCAACGCUCAACCGAACCUGCAGAGGAGACCACCCCAAGAUAGACUCCCUAGAUUUAAGCCACAAUGAGUUAGACGAUAGUUUUGUGUUGGACUUCCAACAUCGACUGCAGCUGAAGCAGCUGAUCCUGGAUCUGAACGAGUUUACAGCUGUACCACCGUUCGUUUCAGAGAGCGGACGACUUGAGAGGCUCUCGUUGUCGUAUAACCGGUUGACUCAUGUGUCAGAUGCUGUGGUGCAUGCGCUCAAGCGCGACCUGGAGCGGCUGGACCUCGAUCAUAAUGAACUUAGCACGCUGCCGACCAGCUUUAAAGAAAUGUUGCGGUUGAAAUACUUGUCGCUCGCGUACAAUCGUCUAGAAGAAGUUAAGGAAUUACCACCUCGGUUGAAUUCGCUCUCAGUAGCCGGCAAUUACUUGUUGACAUUUCCAGAGGCUUUGCGGCACUUGGCACCUGCAACGCUGGGCUACCUCGACGUGGGGUAUAAUCAGAUCUCGGUGGUGUCUGCGGACAUGUUUGGCGCAUGGUCUGAAGCGCUAGUGACACUUAAUUUAAAAGGGAAUCGCAUUACUCAAUUAAGCGCCGACGCAUUCCCGUCGACUUUACCAUUACGCGAACUUGUGUUGAGCUUCAACGACUUGUAUUACGUAGAACGUGACGCAUUCGCUAACUUGACUGCUUUGCAGAUGCUAGAGUUAUCUUCGACGCUGUUUAGCGGCGAGUUUCCCGUCGCUUCCCACUCCCACCAGCUUAGCUGGCUAAGCUUAGAUAAUAACAACGUCCACUACAUAUCAUCGGAGAAUCUACUCGGUUUUCCUUCCCUAGAGUAUCUCAAUUUAGAUUUCAAUAAAAUAAUAGAGUUUCCGAGCGAAACCGUCGCGACCAAUCGCUCGUAUAGACUGAAAGAACUGAGACUGUCUUAUAAUUAUGUAAAUAAAAUUAAUUCUGAGUUUUUGAUGGAGCUGACGGAGCUGCAGACGCUCGACCUGUCAUAUAACCGUGUGCGGAACAUCAGCGAGAAUUGUUUCUACAACUUGCAUAGCUUGGCGUAUCUAAACAUCGCGGGCAACUCGCUCGAAACAGUUGGUGAACGCGCCUUCCGCCACUUGCCCCGGCUCGAGGCGCUCGAUAUGCAAGAAAACAAUUUAGUGGAGUUCUCUACUGAAUAUUUCGAAAACGUUUCUAGCAAAGACAUCGACUUCUCGGUGAACGUGAGUCAUAAUCGAGUGUCUUCCCUUAUCGGUGGUCCCGAUACACAUAUAAACGUUUUGGAUCUCUCACAUAACCUCCUGGACACGUUGUCGAGAGCUUUCUUCGACUCAGUUGGCUCUAAAAUAAGACAAAUAAUAUUAUCACAUAAUAAACUGACGCACAUUGACAAUGCGGGGUUUGGUAUGCUGCCAAAAUUAGAAGUCCUGAGCCUUCAUGAUAACUACAUCAGUUUGAUUAAGAAGAAGGCGUUCGCGGAGACGCCUUCGCUGCAGAUACUGGAUUUGUCGCACAACAAGUUAGGCCAGCUCGCCGUCGAGCAGUUUCACAACAUGCGGCGACUGCGUCAUUUGCGACUCGACUCGAAUGAGUUGCGAUCGUUGCCCCGCGACGUUUUCAAGAACACUGUGCUCGAGCACCUCGACCUGAGCGACAACCAGCUGACGAUAUUCCCGAGCAGCGCCCUUGCGCAGGUUGGCUUCACGCUAAGACGGCUCGAGCUAGCACGCAACCGGCUCGAGUACCUGGACGCGGCCAUGUUCCACGCCACCGCCUUCCUGCACGAGCUGAGUCUCGCGCGCAAUGCUCUCACAGUGCUAUCGGACAACACCUUCGCGGGAUUGGCGCGUUUGCGCCGACUCGACCUCUCUCAUAAUACGAUCAAGGCGAACUUUAAGGAGCUGUUUCAUAAUGUGCCACGGCUGCGUCGACUGGCUUUAGCCGACACCGGCUUAAGGGCGGUGCCACACUUGCCUCUCGCAAAUCUGACAGAGCUCGACUUGGCUGGUAACCAUAUUGCGUCGUACCGCGAGGCUGAUGUGCGCCGGCUGGGAAACGUGCGCGCUUUGGAUCUGACACGCAACAGGUUUACGUCGUUACAACCUGCCAUGUGGGCAGCUUUGCCGCGCCUUGCUUCCCUCGACGUCUCUCAUAAUCCUAUCGUGCGAGUUACGCGCGGUUCAUUCGAGGGUCUCGACCGGCUGGUGCGCCUGCGCAUGGAACAUCUCCGCCAGUUAGAAACGGUGGAACCGCGCGCGUUUCGUACUUUAGUUUCAUUGCGAUCUUUGUCUUUGGAAUCGCCGGUGGGCACCAGGAGGAUGGAAACCUCUUUAGCGGAUAUAGCAGGCUCCACGCCCGCAUUGGAGUCACUGUCUGUACAUGUGAUGGAGAGUGCUUUAGACGCUCAGCUACACGGAUUACGUGCGAAGAAGCUGCGCGCGCUGGAGGUGCGCGGGGUAGCGUUGCGGCGGGUAUCAGCGCAUGCGUUCAUCUCGCUGGGGCGGCAGCGGGCGCUGGCAUUGCGCGUGACGGGCACGAGCGUAGCGGCAUUGCCUGCCGGCGUGGUCCGCCCGCUGGCGCACGUGCCGCACCUCGCGCUCGACCUCAGCGACAACCGGCUCGUCGCUUUUGGACCCGCCACGCUCUACCCCAAUUUGACCGGCUGGAAUCGACUCGCCACUAAGUUGUUACCGGGCGGUCUGGUGGUAUCAGGCAACCCAUUGCGCUGCGGGUGCGCAGUAUCAUGGGUGGGGGCGUGGCUGCGGCGCUGGACUGCAGAGGUAGGGGGCUGGGGUGGUGGUGCGCGGGCGGCGGCACGACGCAGCACCUGUCGUGCAGGCGCCGUGUCGUUGCCUUUGCUGGCGCUUGAUGCAGACGAAGCGGAGUGCCACGCGAGCGCGUUGUCGAGCCGAGCCGCGCGCCGCACGCCGCUGCGACCGUUCCUCUGGCUCGUUCUGCUCUACUCGCUCAGUUAGUGUCCGUGCUCAGUGUAAUACAUUAAGGCAAGUUGCUGAAUGGGGCGUCGAAGUGGAAAAUGUAUUUUGAACGCACAGAAAUAAGUCUUGUCAUUGCGUAGCCUCGUUUGAUUUAUAACCAAUAUUUCAGCUGUAUGAAAAUACUUAAGCGUUUGUUUUAUGCCAAACAACAAAAAAUGUGUUGUAUCCACACUUUGACUCACCAUUGCAGCAAUCGGCUUUAAUUGCCAGUGAUUUUAAAAGUGUUUUAGAUUAUCACUUUAAACAUUAUUUGUACAUUGAAGUGCUCGUGUGUUAAAUGUUGCACGAACAAGGUGUUGGAAGAGGGAUGUCUACUAUGAACAAUAACAACGAAUUUUGUUACUAUUUAAAAUGUUUUUAUCACCUUUGUAAAUGUAUCUGUAAAUAAACAGAGACCAAUAAUCUUUAAGACGCUAUAUAUACAUACAAUAGUCUUUAUAGUGUGCAUCCGAAUGGGUGCUUUUGAUUUUCGAUGGAGAAAGUCAGGAAUUUCUUGUAGUAGUUUCAAUAAUAUAACAAAAGUACAUAAGCAUAAUUCAGGGGGAGGGGCAAUUGAUUUCCCGCCAUUUUUUGCGGCCGCCAAUGCCCAUCGAUCUUAUGUUAAAAUGCCAUGUGUCAGGGGGCUACAAAGAAUCAGUAAAAGACUCAGGCACGAGACAAAUAUUUAUGAAUCAGACAUACUUAGAAGGAAAGGCAGGUAAAAAUGAGGCACUGUAUUACUCAAGAAAUACUGAAUGCUCCCUCAUGUAAAUUAAUAUUACUUUUUCUUUUGACAUUAUAUUUUCGUUAUUUCUUUCAAAUAUUUCUCUCGUGUCGCGAAUGGGGUUGUAAUAUGGCGUCUUUUAGAUUUAUUAGUCUGUGAUAUUCAAUGAUGAGAGGAAGGCCCGUAGUCAGACUGAUUUGGGUGGUCAGUAACCCUCCAAGGUGAUCCGAUAUGUUGAUUUUCUUUAUUGGUUAGACAGGAGAUAGUGCGACGAAAACAUAUUCUAUAUCAUUUUGUCUAUUUCCAAGAAUACAAAUUGUCUUAAAUGGCAUUAGUCUUGCUCUUACUUUACAGAUGGUUACUAAAAUAUCUUGGGGGUCAACGUACGAAAAAACUAAUUUGUUUUCUUAAAAACCCUUAUUAUAUCGAAGAGAAUUUUUAUAGAUUAUGAUUAUUAAUUACAAAAUUACUACUAACGUAUAUUAUUCCACAAAUAUUUCUGGAUACGGGCCUGAGUGUAAAUAUGUGGACAGAUGUACACUGUGUGUUGUCGCGGGACUACGAUGUACUGCCGGAGUUAUUAAAUUAUUUUUAUAAUGA